UCAAUCAAGUACAAAUGUUACAAAUCUUUGUUAUUUUGUUUCAUUUUUACGUUCCACGUUACUGUCUAUCUUUAACCUAAUAACCGUGUGGUAUGCCUAUUAAGACUAUUAGGACUAAUAAAGGAUUAGUGCGGCGGAAAUAGAACUGUUGACUAACCUUUACAGAUAGUUUGGUGUGUAAUGUUUAUUAUGAGCUCGUGAACACUGAUCAGGAGGAUUUCUGCACUAUGCUGAUUUCCGGCAUUCAUGCGAAAAAGGAUGUACAGAUAAUUGUGCGCUUCGCUGCUUUUACCCGGGUAUUGGCGCUUAUUUUACAGGCUGUGCUAAAUGCUCUAAUCCCUGAUCAUGAAGCUGAUGCGUUUAGUCCCCCGCGGGCAGAAGAACCCCUCAUCUUGGACCACACCAUCGAGAUCCUGUUUAGCGGUUUAGGCCGCUGGGAUGCUGAACAUUUUCUCUUCAUAGCAGAGCAUGGCUACUUGUAUGAGCACAACUUUGCUUUCUUCCCACUCUUUCCACUGGUCCUGCGUACGCUGGCCACCGUACUGCUAUGGCCUGUGAGUCCCUUUCUCACAGUACGUGGACGUUUACUCGUGACGGUGGCUGUUGCUAAUAGCACACUCUUUGUGCUGAGUGCAGUGACACUUUAUGGAUUAAGCCGUUUGGUUUUGCAGGACCGGAAGCUUGCCCUGAUCUCAAGCCUUAUCUACUGCCUUACGCCAGCCAAUGUUUUUAUGUUAGCAGGCUAUUCAGAAAGUCUUUUUGCAGUUCUCACCUUUGGUGGUCUGUGCUUGUUGGAGAGGGGGUUUACAGUUGGAGCAUGUUUCCUACUAGGUCUUGCCACUGGUGCUCGUGCUAAUGGACUCAUUAACGCUGGCUUUCUGUUAUACCUUCCCCUGCAGCGGAGUCUCACUCAGGUGUUUAACAAAGGAUCUGCAUGGCACUACAGCUGGGAAGCUCUUAGGUUUGUGCUUACAGUCCCACUUUAUGUUGCAGUUACUGUGCUACCAUUUUGCCUCUUCCAGUUUUAUGGCUACCAUAUGUUCUGUCUGCCGACUUUGACAGAGGAGCAAAUUGCUCCUGUGUUUCUCAACUUGGCCAAGGAGAAAGGGUAUAGAGUUCCAGAUGCAGCAGCACCCACACCAAGUUGGUGUUUGAACCCUGUUCCAGUUCUCUACUCAUACAUUCAGGAUGUAUACUGGGAUGUUGGUUUCCUUCGAUAUUUUCAGUUAAAGCAGGUCCCCAACUUCCUCUUGGCACUUCCAAUUGCUACACUGAGUGCCCUCGCAUCGUACAUGUACAUAUUGGCUAAUCCACGUUUUUGUUUGUGUCUCGGCCUGGGGGAGAUUGAAAAGAAAAAGAAAGAAGGAAAACCACCAACUGGCCUCUACUGCCCUAAGGUGUUUGUGUAUAUCGUUCACUGCUCUGUGUUGCUAACGUUUGGCAUAUUCUGCAUGCAUGUCCAGGUGCUUACCCGUUUUUUAGGCUCAUCUACGCCUGUCAUCUAUUGGAUCAGUGGUCACUUCCUUCUUUCCUGUGAACCCUUAUUAAAAGAAGAUAAAAACUUGGCUUAUGGCAAACGGCAGAACACCUUGGAACGAAACAGUAAUUUUUCCAUCAUGUGCAUCAAUAAUCCUAUUACUCAGCUCCUGGUGCGCUGGAGGACUUGCUCCUUUCCCACUCAAUGCAUUCUGGGAUAUUUCAUUUCAUAUUGGCUGUUAGGUUUAGCUCUGCACUGCAACUUUCUACCUUGGACUUGACACAGUAGGUAUGGCUGGACUGUCAGUUCUGUUGUAAGCCACAUUAGUGCAUUUGCAGAGUCUUGCCUUAUGUUUGGAGAUUGUCAUGAUGGUCUUAUUAACAAAUUUAUUUUAAAACAUUGGUUGUCAUAUAAAAAAGUCAGCUUUCUGUCUUAAUGAGGAAUCAUGCCUGUUUUGGGAUAUUUUUUUCAAUAAAGGUUUGCAUCCUUUAUC